AUGAGUAAAGGUGGAGGCUGGGGUUACCAGUUGGACUGGACGUAUUCAACAAUUGCCUUUGCACCGGUGGACUCUUUCGAAACUACUUUGACUGUAACAAAAAAAUUCUACCGGCGAGAUAGAAGGUCUGGCUCGUCGCUCAAGAGUAGGGGGGGUGGUGUUCUGGUGGCAGUCUCGAAUAAUCUCACGAGUUUUUCUGAGAGCUCCUGGUGCUCAGAAGCUGAGGACAUUUGGGUAACUAUAGUUCCUGAUCGGGGUAGCAAAGCUAGAGUUCACAUUGGAUGUGCCUACAUCCCACCGAGAGACAUGGUGGCUUUAAAUUCCUUUACAAGUAGCCUAUGUGAUAUAGUUAAUAAUAAUAAUUGUAACGAUACCUUUGUUAUCUGCGGCGACUUCAACCUGCCAGAAAUAAAGUGGAAUAUGAACCCACUAAAUUCCUUCUGUAUCCCAAGUGAUGCUAGAGAUCCCUGUUCGGCUUCCUUCGUGGACGCCAUUUCCCUCUCGGGCUUGAAUCAGUUCAACAGCUCUGUCAAUGUCUCCGGCAAUACACUUGACUUAGUUCUUAAUAACAAUUUCAAUAUAACCGAUUUUCAACUCUCUGAAUUCCCUCUAGUUCCUGAAGAUCCAAGUCAUAAUACUUUACAGUUUAAUAUAAAUGUUCCUGUUCAACAUAAGACAUGUUUGGGUAAUUCACGCAAUCGAAAUUUCAACCGUGCUGACUUUGGUGCGAUAAAUGAAGCUCUUGGUGCCAUUGAUUGGACACGCGAGUUGUCUUACCAAGAUCUAGAUACUGCUGUGGAUAGAUUCUAUGAGAUUUUGGAUGAUAUAUUUGAUAGUUCAGUCCCUUCCUAUCCCAAAUACUGCAGAAAAUAUCCAACUUGGUACUCCCUAGCUUCUAUCAAAACCAUAAGGGAAAAGAAAAAAUUUCAUAAGCGGUGGAAGAUGUAUGCCAACUCGUUGGAUUACGCUACAUUCAGGCUUUUGAGGGCUAGAGCCAGGCAUCUGAUCUCAGAGGAUUACAAAAAGUAUUUGGCGAGUGUGGAGGGUAGCAUUGUGGAUGAUCCGAAGUUUUUCUGGCGAUAUGUGGGGAAUAAGAAGGGUUCUCCUUGUUUGCCUGAUUCUGUCGGUACACCCAGUGGUGUCUCGACUAACCCGCAGGAAAUUUGUAAUAAGUUCUCUGAUUAUUUUGCCUCAGUUUUUCUUCCUUCCUCGGCUAUAACCUAUAAUGAACCUUCUGAAGGGGUUCCUCUGCAUUUAUCUAAUUUCAAUAUUGAGCGCGAUGAUAUCCGCACUAAGAUCACGUCCAUGCGUAAUGGGAGUCCUGGCCCUGAUGGUAUUCCUUCCUCUUUCCUGAAAAAUUGUUGCGAUUUGAUUGUUGAACCUCUAUUUAUUUUAUUCAACAAGUCUUUAAAGGAUGGUUGCUUCCCUUAUAAAUGGAAAGUUAGCAGUAUCACCCCUAUAUUCAAAUCAGGGAAUAAAAAUCUUGUUGAGAACUACAGACCUAUUUCUAAACUCUGCGCGAUUGAUCUGAAGCGGUUCAUAUCACAUCUGGUGUACCUCAGGGGUCCCACUUAG